UAAACCGCAUAUGCAAUUAGAUACAAAAAAACCAUCACGUGACUUAUGCCAAUGACAAGAUGUUCAAGAUGGAUUGACUGGUCAUGUGGUUUUAUUUUGUAUUUUUAUUGUUUCAAAACUGAUAUAAGUCAGUAUUUUUUAGCUCGUAUUCAUAUCAGUGAGCUUCUUGAGUUUGACUUCAUCAGAGCUUAACUUCGUUAAUUUUAAAUUAAUCCGGUAUAUCACCAUCACUUCAAAAAUGGGUCACCCUGGAAUAAUGAAGUUAUUCAGUCAAGGAGUCCUUCUUAUCCUUGUAGCCUUAGGAGUCACCGUGUCCAUCGUAGAGUCAUCGGAGCAGAGCACUAUUAUAGAAUUCAAUAUCGGGCAGAUUAGACGGUUUGACGAAUUUGAAGAACGAACAAUUGCACACGACCGACACGAUUACUCCGGUGUAUAUCGUCCAUCCAUAAGGAAACCAAAGUUACAGCUACCGACAUUCAAAUAUGGAACACCAAAAUCCGCCGAUCCUAUUGAAAAUCAAGAAAGUCAAAGAGGCUUACGCAAAAUAGACGCACGCGAAGUAAUCACUAGUAUUUUUGUAACAAGCUUCAUUCACCUUGUAUUGUUUUUCAAACAGUUGGUGGCGGAAAUGUAUCACGGUUUAAAUCAACUCUAUUUCUUUGGAUAGACCCAUACUAAAUCUAGUGGGACAUUAACCGUUUCUUGUAAAAUAAAUGUGAAUAACAAAAUAUUUAUUUUAAAUAAAAUUCUCUGAGUGCGUUGCUUUUCUUCUUCAUUUUAACGUCUGGAUACCGAUGCACUAGGAGGAAUGAGUGUAACUAUGUAAUAAAAUAAAAAUCGAAAUCUCUAUGAUGAAGCGCUAGAUACAUAUUUCUUCCGUUCCCUUAAUUUAGAACGAAACACAUUCUAACCUAAUCCGACCUAAUCAAUACACCAAUAUACAGAACCAGAAGUCCAGAACUGACAUUCUCGGUAAUUAAAUGAUUAUUUUUAUUGACUCACCGCAUUUUUUGGGAACACAUCCAAAACAAACUCAGGGCUCGAGUCAAACCUCUGACCUUUUCACGGACAACACUUGGGUCUAAUUUUGGACUCUAGUCUUCGCAACAUUUUUGGGGGUUUCUAACAAGAAUACCAAAACAUCAUUUGUAAAUUUUGAGCUGAUUUUCCCGUAAUUCUUACAUAGUU